GAUCAAGAAGUUAAUUGAUGUUGAGGCACUGGGACUAUCACGAUUAGCAGUUAUCGUGCUCGACAUGCAUGCAGAUGUUAAAGGCUAUUCAUUGUUCACACUUCCUCAAAUCAGAGAUGAAUUUUGGGACUUGUAUAAGAGCUAUUUUCACCCGCGACUACUACAAG